GCUUUUUUCCAAAGGGGCGUAUUUUUCAAGCCAUCUUGACUGAAUAUUUAGCCUCAUCCAAGGAACAUUAAAUUGAUAUCUUCAAAAUUUGGCCACCCAUAUGCGGGAAAGCAGCAUCGUUUGAAAGGAUAAAACCGUAACUAUGGAACCGGGUCGAGUUUGUGUGUCUAACCGUUGUAACGGCGGAGGAGUUAAGCGGUGAAGAUGACGCUGUCGCUCCUGAAAUUACCGGCUAGCUAAGCUAACGGCUAGCAUGUCCGCCUUGGUUGUGGUCUGUCACUAGCUGACAUUUAGCUAGGAGCUGUUGUUCUGUUUGGCACACGCACUGCAGAGGACCACUUAAAACAGGUAAACCACUCUGAUAUGUUCAGCUUUUACGUCGUUGCUAGGAAAAAAGCUGUCGUUUAGUUACACGACUUCUGCGUGUCCUGUCCGACCGAGUAACGUUAUCACAUCUUUCUGCAGGGGUCUGGAGCACAAAGCAAAACCCGAAACGUUGCACAUUAGUAAUGUCGUUAUCUUUUAUAUUCAUGCAGUAUAAUUAUGCAUAUAGGCACGGUGCGUACUGUGCCUCUACUUUCUGGUUGCUGUUGGCGUUUAUAAUUGGGCUGCUAAUCAACUUGCAGUCCAAAUGUUGUCUCUGCUGUUGUGCGCUUAAAAUGGCUGACAGAUGUUAGAUACUCGGGUUGGUAUUUAGCGCUCCUCAACCUAACUACACACAGCAACAAGGGGGGGAAAAAAACAGAUGAUACUUGCUUUUCAUUGGUCAGAAAGAAAAGAAGCAACGUGACAGGCUUUUGGUUGGACCAAUGGAGAGACAGCUGAGGGUCCAUGCAUGCAAGCAGUGCGACUGAACAGUAUUUAUGUCUGUGCAGGAAGAGUACUUGAGGUAACAUGCUGUGUUUUUAUUCCAACCACAGACUGUAUAUGAUACCAACAGAAACAGAGCUGACCACUUUUAUAAAGUAAUUUUGUCAGUCUGUGAGUUUAAAGUUAAAUUCAACAAAUUCUUAUAUGAAUAGGGUGUUGUUUUUUUACACUGUUAGCAUUUUUAAAACAUUACUAAUCACUGAUUGGAGGUAGACUUCAGGUACUAAUUUGUUCAUUAUGAAUGAAUAGGGCAUUACUUGGCAAAAUCAUACCUGUAACAUGUAGGCAUCCUUCAUCAGCACAUUUGCUUUCAAGGAAAUAUGCUGUCAAUAGAAGAGAGAUAUGGUUGGGGUCAUGAACUUGUGUGGAAAGAUAACAGCACACGUUGCACUAAAAAGUAAGCAUAUUGGGGAAAAAAGAAGAAGUAAUUCUUCCAUAUCUACUUUGUCAAUAGAUGGUAAUUUGUGACACCCCUAAAUACACCAACUAGCCACGCCAUUAUAAGCUCCCGGGCAAUCUUAUUCUAUUCAAUACAUCAGUUUCAAAUUUUGAGUGAGUACAUAGUAGGUAGUGUAGUCGUAGAGCAGGGGUGUCAAACUCAACCACAGCAAAGGGGCCAUAAUCUAGAUUUAGGUCUAACCUGAGGGCCAAACAGGGUCAACAUUUCACCAAAACUGUCAACCUACUUUUCAAAACACGUGUGACAAAAAUAGCAAUGAUUAUAAAUCGUUAUGAUAUUCAAAAAAGAUAAGUUUUUAAGGCAAUCUGAGAUAGAAAAAUUUAAAUUUUUCAAUUUAAAUUUUUAUUUAUUAGUUCAAAAGAUCCGAGCAUGAUAUUAAAAGUGGAAAAAUAAUGCAUUUAAAGAGCAAAUACAUGAGAAGAACGUUGAAAUUGUGUUUCAAAGGUUAAAAUAUGACUUAAAAUUUAAAACUGAAAUCUAAAGUAUAAAAAUGACACAAGUCUAAAUACUGAGUUGAAUAAAAUCAAAGAAUGAAAUAAAAAGUCCAAUCAUGUUUGACUUGUUAUCUUGAAAUGCAAAAUUAAAAACAUGAAAUAAAACACCUUCAGAAAUAAAGAAAACAACGAUCAAAGACUUUUGACAUAAAGAGUAAUAUAAAUGAAUCAAGAGCAACUGUUUAUCUAAAUGAUUUGUUAAAUUUACUCAAAUCAAACUAAAGAAGAAUGUGUUGACUUUUACAGCCUGAACUGUUGUAGUAAAUGCUAUUCUGUCUUUGUCUGUACAUUUUAGGAGGCGGGUGUAAACGUCGUUGCAGAAGGCAAGGAGGCGGGAAUGUGAGACGGUGUAAUACAGACUCAACAUGGGUAGGGGUCGAGGCAGAGGGAGAGGAAGGGGCAGGGGAUCGUCUGGCCAGCUGCGGCCCCCCUCGCCCUACAGACUGCAGCUCUCUCCCACCAGGGAGACUUUGACGUACGCUCAGGCUCAGAAGAUAGUGGAAGUGGACCUCGAGGGGAGGAUCCAUAGGAUUAACAUCACAGAUCCUCUGCCAGUGAUCACCGAGGACGAGAUGAUGGCUCAGGACAUUACUGAGUGUAACAGCAACAAGGAAAACAGUGAACAAACACAAAGUAGAGGCAGAUCGUGGAGGAAACCUUCAAGCAGUAAAAAUAAGAGGAGUAAUAAGAAUACAUCUCAGCGGUCCGGGUCGCAGCAGAACACAGGAUCUUCAAAUUCUUCCCAGCAUCCAUCCCACCAAAGCCCUUUACCUGAGCCCACUUUUCGCACGCUGGGUUCAGAAUCCCUGUCAGAGGCGCCUCCUCUCCCGUCGGCUUACUAUCGUUACAUCGAAAAGUCCUUGGAGGAACAGGACAGCGUGGCUGAGUACGAUAUGGAUGAGGAGGACCUGGCCUGGCUGGAGAUGGUAAACCAAAAGAGAGUGUGUGACGGUCAUGCGUCUGUUUCUGCGGACACUUUUGAACUGCUGAUCGACCGCCUGGAGCGUGAAUCCAUCCUGGAGUCUCGAAGCCAGGCGCUUUCACAAAGUGCAGUUGAUGAGGACGCUUUCUGCUGUGUCUGCCUGGAUGACGAGUGUCUGAACAGUAAUGUGAUCCUGUUCUGUGACAUCUGCAAUCUAGCAGUCCACCAGGAGUGUUACGGUGUGCCCUACGUACCUGAGGGUCAGUGGCUGUGCCGCUGCUGCCUCCAGUCCCCUUCCCGCCCUGUAGACUGUGUGCUCUGUCCUAACAGAGGAGGUGCCUUUAAACAGACAAGUGAUGGACGGUGGGCCCAUGUUGUCUGCGCCAUAUGGAUACCAGAGGUUUGUUUUGCCAAUACCGUGUUUUUGGAGCCUGUUGAAGGGGUCAAAAACAUCCCUACUGCUCGCUGGAAGCUCACCUGCUACCUGUGUAAGCAGAAAGGCAGGGGGGCCUCCAUCCAGUGCCACAAAGCCAACUGUUACAGGGCCUUUCACGUCACCUGCGCUCAAAAGGCAGGACUCUUCAUGAAGAUAGACCCAGUGCGGGAAACAGGGGUCAACGGGACCACCUUCUCCGUAAAAAAGACUGCUUUCUGUGAACAUCAUUCUCCAGUGGGGUCACGGGGAAGGGACGGGUCUGGAGAUGAGUCUGUUGAAGGGAGACUGGUGGGUGGCAGGGGUAACCGAGGUCAGAGGUCGUACACUCAAAGUCCCCCUUCACCACAGAACAAAAAGGGUACCAAGGACCAGAAGAAGAAGAACACUAAAGGGUCUCGCGGGUCGACACGUCGCUCAAAUAUGCCUGUGCUGCUUGUGCCUCAGAUCCCCUCUCACAGGUGGGACAUUUGUGUGCUGUCAGAAUCUACAUACACAACACACUACUACCCUGAACUCCUAACUUUAAGAAGGCCAGACAAAAUUCUGUAGUUUGUGUGUCUUUCUCAGGGACUUUUGGCCAAACUUUUUGCCCCAGUCCAUUGAGAAUGCAUGUGCUUUUUUUGUUUACUAUAUUUAUCCCAUCUUUUAAUUUGCAUCUCCUCAGGCUAAACAAAAUCUGCACAGGAGUGGAAGUCCAGAGGAAGAAUCAGUUCAUGCAGCGGCUUCAUAACUACUGGUUACUGAAAAGACAGUCGAGGAAUGGGAUGCCUUUAAUACGGCGGCUUCAUUCCCAUCUACAGGCCAACAGGACGGCAGAGCAGGUGAGAGGAAUGAUGCACAGAGUCUGAGCUCAAAUGAACAUCAGAGAGUAUAACUUUUCUUCAUGAUGGCUUCAUGCAAAGGAAAACAGUUUAUCCCCUACUAAUGCUGGUGCUUUGUCAUGACUAAACCAUCAAAGUGUUACCACUUUUUAUCACAAGACUGCAAGCUAAGCACAUGUGGUUUGCCAUCCUUCUUACAUGUGACAUGCUCAUGCUGGUACUGAUAUUAUUUUUGACUUAAUAUCUGUGCAGUUUAGUAGUAGCAGUCAGAUCUAAAAACCAUUAAAACCGUCGCAUUUACAGUCAGUAAAGUAUCACAUAGCUGCAAAUAGCAUGUUUUUCAAAAGUUUUGGAUAGUUUUAAAACUUCCUUAUCCUUGACCUACACACCUCUGUUGGAGACGUUGAGAGAAAGAAAAAAAGAAAAAAAGGCCCCGGCAGCAAGAUAAAAUGGGGUCACGUGGGAGCAAGAAGGGUCCAGAAAACCAUGACUCUCCGAUUUUUAAUCUCAUGAGAGCCAAGAUAGACUAAGAGAAAACUAAAUACCAUCUGGGGAGCCCUGGGUCUGAAAGCUCCUGACUUAUUUAGUUUUUCUGGGAAACAGUGGUUUUUUUAUGGUGUUCAGGGCAAACAUGAAACAGAUAGAAAAAAAUAUAUAUAUCUGUUUGUCUUAUUGAUUUUAAAUCAUUUCAUGUCUUUUUGAUUUUAAAUCAUUUGUCUUUUUGAUUUUAAAGGAUUUGUCUUUUUGAUUUAAAGCAUUUGUCUUUUUGUUUUUAAAUGAUUUUGUCUUUUUGUUUUUAAAUGAUUUUGUCUUUUUGAUUUUAAAGCGUUUUGUCUUUUUGAUUUUAAAGCGUUUUGUCUUUUUGAUUUUUAAUUGUUUUGUCUUUUUGAUUUCAAAGCGUUUUGUCUUUGAUUUUAAAUAAUUUUGUCUUUUUUAUUUUAAAUUGUUUUGUCUGAUUUUAAAGCGUUUUGACUUUUUGAUAUUAAAUGAUUUUAUGUCUUUUUGAUUUUAAAUUAUUUUGUAUUUUUGAUUGUUUUGUCUUUUUGAUUUUAAAUUAUUUUGUAUUUUUGAUUUUAAAUUAUUUUGUCUUUUUGAUUUUAAAUCAUUUUUUCUUUUUGAUUUAAAUUUUUUUUAAUCCCUCCUUUUUUCUUUUUUUUUCUUUAUUUCCUUGCAUUGUAAAGCACUUUGAAUUGCCUUGUGUAUAAAUGGUGCUAGACAAAUAAACUUACCUUGCCUUUUGUAUGAUAAAACUAAGUUCUACUCUAUUUUGAUACAAACGGUUACUUAAAUCAUAAGAUUUACUGACAGUGGUUGAGGUUUUGAAAGGCAUAUUAAUGGCAUAUUAUGCAUCAUGAACCACCUGAAGUCUCAUUUCUUUUGUGUUUUUAAUUUUCAGAGGGAGCCUGAUGAGAAACUAUGUGCUGCAAGAGAGGAGCUACGAUACUGGCAAAAGUUGCGGCAGGAUCUGGAAAGAGCCCGACUUCUGGUGGAGCUCAUCCGCAAGAGAGAGAGGCUAAAGAGAGAGCAGGUAGGUUUAAUGAGAAGUAUUAGAUAAAACAUGAGCUGUGAAUAUUAAGUCCACUCUGGAAGAUUCAAAUCAGCAUUGCUGUUUAUAUGUAGAGUAUUUGAAUAUUUAACAGUGACCUUGUGCAUCCUCUCCUCUCCCAUGUGAAUUUAGAUGAAAAUUCAACAGGCUGCUCUUGAACUGAAGCUGACACCUGCAUUGGUGCUUCUGCGAUCCACUUUAGACCAACUUCAAGAGAAGGACACGGCAAAAAUCUUUUCUCAGCCUGUCAAUCUAUCCGAGGUAGGUGAAGGCCAACUGCUUCAACUUUUGAUUCUUUUGACUGAACUCCUGCUAACAGUCUCUUUGUUCUUGAUUCAUCGAGGUCCCAGAUUAUCUGGAGUUCAUAUCUGUACCUAUGGACUUCUCCACCAUGCGCACCAAACUGGAGGGACACGCCUACUGCUCCAUCGCAGACCUAGAGAAGGACUUUGACCUGAUGAUCUCAAACUGCCUCAAGUACAACUCCAAGGACACCAUGUUUCAUAAGGCAGCCUUACAGAUGCGGGAGGUGGGUGGAGCUAUUCUCCGGCACAGCCACCGGCAGGCCCAAAACAUCGGUCUGGACCCGAAUACUGGGAUGCAUCUUCCUGAGACGCUGAACAAACAUGGCUUCUACCACUGUACGUGGGACGAUGGUGAGUUCAAGGUUAGAAUAAGCAAUCUCUUAGAUAACCAAAUUCCUUAUGCAUGAUCUGUUAAUCUGCUGUUUGCCCCUCUCUUUUACAAUACUCACAGUUGACUCUCUCUUGGAUCCAGACAACAGACUUCACUUGAACAAAGAGGAGCAGCUCAAGGCCUUACUGGACAAACUGGACGUGGUGACAUCCAUGCGCACCAGCGGCGGGCGAACCAAACGCAUUCGGCUGCUGCGCAGAGAGAUCAACACUCUCAGGCAGAAGAUGAACCAGCAGCAGCAGCAGAACUCUCAGUCUGUGAAUGGUAAGGACCUGGAGGAUGAAGACAAAGAAGAGGAGGAAGAGCAAAAGGAAAAAGAGGAAAAAGCGAAGGAAAAGAAAAAGAAGAGAACAAAUGCUGCUGAUAACGGACCUUUGACGGUGGUGUCCAACUCAAGGACAGGUAAAAGCAGUUGUUACUGUGUUGUUUAAUCACCUUUUGACAACCAGGUCAUUGUGUGUAUCAUUAAGUCUGCAGGGGAACAUUAUGGUUACAUAGUUAAGAUUUAGGAUGAGCACUUCUACAAAUAGAUGUUCUUUUUUUAUUACUGCUGACAUUACUCGUGUCUGCCAAUACACACUACCGGUCCAAAUGCAGUACAUCAGAAAACAAGCACAUAAUCCGUAUCAACACUCAUAGCUGCAGUGAAAAAUUUAGUAGAAAUGUCUGAUUUUUUUAAGGGUCCAGUGUGACACAUUCAAUUGUGGUUUCAUUUAAAUGUCCAAUCAAUAGUCUAGACAGAGAACCAGACACAUCUGUGAGCUCCUGAUUUAGUUGUUCGGGGGCCCUUUUCCAAGUAAGGCAGAUUCUGAUUGGGCCAAUCAUAGCUGGCUGCCCAGUAAAGGCUGGUUUUAGUAGAAUUAAAAGAAUGAGUGCAGGUCAUGUUUGUUAGGAAUGAUAAACUAUUCAUGGCCAAUUUCUCCAGUUUAAUGCUUACGGACAUCAGAACAUUUACCUAAACUAGCAGCCAACAGUAGUGUUACACAUUUUUUUCUCCACUUGGUUGUUUUAUAAACGCUCAGUGGGGUAGUACCUUUCCCACUGAGCAUUUUUUGGUCCAAAAGAGGUGGAAUAGAUGUAGUCUAGACAACUGGUCUAAAAUCAGGCUACCACAGGUCUAAAAAUGAAAGUUUUCAGACGUCUAAAUUUAGACUGAGUUUAGACUAGCCAGCUAACAGAGGUCUAUGGUUAUCAUAAUUAUUUUGGUUUAGUACUUGGAGAUCAGUUAUGCAACUCACAGUUGCUUUAUGAAAUAAAUACUAAACGAAUAAUGGGCUAAAGUGCAACAUCUGAUUUAUGUCUAAAAAUAUACAGAAUCUAGACGGUUGAAAUUAGAUCUAAACAAUGAACUAGACAUCUAAUAGCCGUCUUUUGCUCAGUUAGUAAUAAUCUAGAGUAAAUCAUCAUGGCAAAGUCUUGAUUUCACUUCUUUUCAGAUGUUUAUCACAAGAAGAAGUAAUCAUUAUAAAUACAUGUCACUUUGAUUCAGAUGACUCCCCUCCUGUGCUGGAACUCACCUGCCCUGUAUCAUCGCCACUCCCUGGAGAUGCUCCUCUAGAGCCCCCCGUCCUGGGUAUUGUAACUGGAGGACGAAGAUCACCAGGGCGCUCCUACAAGCGCCAGCGGUCAUCUCGCAGUGGAAGCAAAAGCCAGGGAGAAGAUGAGGCUGAGGUUGGUGAAACACCGUCAUCACAACCAGAGGCUGUUCAUGAGGUUACUCCUCUGGGGACACCGCCAACUCUGCCUUUGGUCGGGGUUGGCCGCCGCACAUCUGUCCUGUUUAAGAAAGCUAAGAACGGCGUACGAAUGGGGAAAACCAAAUCCACCCCACAACAGAAUGGCAAAGCUCCUGAGGAGAAGACAAACGGGUUGGAUAGCACUCCUGCUAGCCCAAAGUCACCUAGUGUGACCAACAUCACCACUUUACCUCCAACGCCAAACGGGUCCCCUACUCCCCCCUCUCCUUCUUCCCACCACCUGAGGUCCAGAGGUCCCAGCUCAGAAAGUGAAGCAGAGAAACUCCCCCCACCAUCCAGAGAAGAAGGUAAGGACAAAACAUCUAACUUUUAUCACAGAAAGAGAUUCAAGUGAGCUAUAUUUUUCUCUAUUUCUUUACUAAAUCUGUUUUUUUUUUCUAGGCCUCACCAACGGAAAACACACCCUUGCAGACAACGAUGAUGAUGAAGACCAAAAAUUGAAGUAAGCAAAACAACAAGUCAAUUUACCAAGAGAUAUUUAGCAAGAUAUUUAAGAAUAGCUUUUGUAUUUUGGUUGUUGGUAGAAAGACGUGUCUGAGGAAUAUUGUGUGAAAUACGCAGUUGUAGCUACAGUCUCAUCAUCUUAGAACAACCUCCUCAUCGUCCUAUUCUCUCUUCCUUUUCACAGCUGUAGUGUCUCUCCCCCGAAACGAAGUCGUGGUAAACCUGCACUGGCUAGAGUUCCAAAAAGUGAGAACGGGGACGUCUCUGGGUCUGGUGUGUAUCAUGAUGAGGCAUUAGAAAUUCUUUUUGUGAUAUGGUGUUAAUUCAGUGGUAUUAAUACCUCAGUUUGGGCUCAAGGUUUCUCAUGUACAUCAUUUAACUGGAAAUGUUGAAAUAUCCUGUUCACAGGAACAUCUACACUUCUGUCUUUAGAUGGUGAGACUGAGUUAGCGCCUCUGGACCUCGUCUGGGCCAAAAGCAGAGGAUAUCCAUCAUACCCGGCUAUGGUAUGGAUGGAUUUUUAACACUGGCGUAUUUCUUUGACUCACUGCAUCCCAAAGAGGGGGACGAUAAUUGAGUCAACUCUGACUGACAUGAUUUAUUGUUUCAGAUUGUUGACCCAGACAUGCCCCAGGAAGGGCUUCUUCACAACGGCAUCCCCAUUCCAGUGCCUCCUGUGGAGGUGCUCAAACUGGGCGAGUGGAGAGGAACGGAAGAAGGCGAAAAGCUCUUCCUCGUGCUCUUCUUUGACACCAAAAGAACUUGGUAAGAUUCAGACAAGUUGGCGCAACCUCAGGCUGAAUUUUAAGACAAUGCGGAGCAGUGUUGGUCACUGAGAAAAUUGUCCCUCUUGGUUUUUCAGGCAGUGGCUCCCUCGGAACAAACUGCUACCGCUGGGAAUGGACGACACUGUCGAUAAGCUGCGUUUAAUGGAAGGCAAGAAACCAAGCGUUCGAAAGUCUGUACACACUGCGUAUGACCGGGCUAUGGUGCAUUUAAACCACGUGAGAGGAAACCUUAACUUCACUCCUUCCAAUUUUAUAUAGAGUUUCAAGAUUUGAUCAACUUAAACAGGCUGCCUGGAUACAUGUAUAAAAGCUUCAUCCAUGCUUCUUGAGAGGUGGAAAAGUUAGCAAAAGAUUUAAUUUCUGACUGUUUUCUGCAUUCAACUGUAAACCUGAAUUUCAAAGCUGAGAGAGAAAAAAUGUGCUCAAGGACUUUUUCCUAGAUGAAGUUGUUCAUUUAUUCCUGUAAUUUUUAAAAAGAUUUUACACAACCACUGUUGCUAUGUGUUCUUAUAAAGUUUUUAUUUGAGGCCAAAGUGAGUCAAGACUGGAAAAGAGGGUGUAAAUAUUUAGUUGUCAAAGGGAUCGUCUUGAUUCAGAAUAUAUUUAGAUUGUAGUUGCCAUUGAACUGUUAACUGUGUUUGAUAAAUUGUGAAAAGUCCCACUUACUGCUCAUAUCAUAUCCGGACUCUGGGGGGUUUAGAACUUUUGCAGUCAAAACAAAAUCCAAUUUUUGAUGCUAUUUGUCAUAUUACAUCAACAAUUUCCAUAAAUACAAAGAAGACCCGCAGUGAUUCAUUGAUUAGCAGUCAAUUAAUUAUUAAAAAUAACUUUUUUUGACAAUUGGUGACAAGGUGAAGUUAUCUUUGAAAAAUUACCUCUAAAAUGUGAAUAUUUCCAGGUUUUCUGAAGCUUCUUUGUCACAAAAAUUGAACACAUUUGGAUGAAAGAUAGAAGAUUUGGCGAUUUGAGCUGUCCUGAACUUUUGUAACAUUGAUCCACUCUUUUUAAAAAUUUGUUCCAUUUUUUCAAGCCAAAAGAGAAAGAUGAAUCUGAAAACAAUCUAUGGAUUUACCCAUUUAGUAAAAAAAAAAAGUACAUUUAAGAAGAGAAAUACAUUUGAUGUGUACUACCCCAAACUAGACGAAUAAGAUGUUUGAAAAAAAUGAAUUAAAUUGAAAUACGAUUCAGUGUGGGUUGAUUUUAGUCCAGCUAUGAUAUGUUGUAGGUAGGACUUUAGAGGUUGUUGCUUAUUUUUCCAUAUUGUGAAACUAAUUUGAUACCAGAAUGUUGAGCGUCUGCAGUGCAGCUACUUGGUUACCAAGAUGUGAAGCCACUAUCGAAGUGAAGCUGAUUGUUCUGUGGUGAACACAGUCCACUGCAGUCCCCCACUUGAAGAACCUGUUUGCAGAUUUGGCUGAAAUGACUUGAAAAGCACAAUUGGUCUGUUCAACAAAUCGGUGGAAUAGGAUUGGUUAUUCCUGGAGCCAUGUUUGUGGCUGAAAUUUGUGUGUGUGUGUACGUGUGUGUGUGUACAGUAUAUACAUAUAUGAAUACAAGCUCAGUGUAGUAAAGGUGCAUGUGUAUAGUUCUGUAAAUAUGUAAAUGUAUGUUUAUAUUGGCCUACAUGAAGUUAUUUAAGGAAUGCAAAAAUCAAAUUUAGAUUUUAAUUUAUAACUUGUGGCAGUCAAGAGUGUUAUUUAAAAAAAAUGAAAUAUUGAAAAGAUUUAUGUAAGAUGCUAAGUAGCUCUUUGUAAUAGUGGCGGUAUUCACCAACAUGUCAGAAGCAUUAUCUAAAUGUAUGGUGGCACAAGACCCCAGCUCUGUGGGCAGCAGUUGUCCACAGGAGGAUUUUUUUUUCUUAGGUGGCACAGGAGUUAUUCGAUCUUGUCAUUUGAAUUGUUCUGCAAGAUCUGUUACCUGCCUGAGACAAUAUUUUCUCACAAGAAUAAAUGCUGUUUGAAACAACUACAAAUGUUUGUCGCCUAUCAAUCACCUCUCACCCGUUUCAUUUUGUUUAUUGUCUUGUCUCAGCUUCAGCUCAGUUUGAGAAGUGGACAAUGCACCGAUGUCGAGGUUUAACUGUGAUUUUGCACUUUCUAUUUUUAAAUUUAAGAGUUUACGUGCAAACGGAGCAUUGCAGGCUCUUAAAAAUGAAAUAUGACUCUGCAGAAAGUGUUUUUUUUUUUAUUUAUCAUCCCUCAAAGAUGUUAAAUGUACUGCUCUGUCUACUGUGUGUUUCCUAUAUAGCUUUAAGAUUCAUUAGCACAUGUUGCUUAUUAGAAAACAAGGAAUUUCCUCUUUAAGGCGACUUUACAUUAGGGCUGCGCGAUAAAAUGAUAACGAUAAAUAUAAAAAAUUAAUUGCCCUCAAUAUCAAUAUAAAACAUGGUCAAUAUGCGUUUUGAUAGUCGGCAUUCUGCCAUGUUUUAGUAGACUAUACGAAUAGCCA